CGCGUCGCCGCUGUCGGAAGUGCAGAGCGCUUGUGUUGUUGUGCUCGGUUGUGUCAUGUACGGCGGUCUGUGAGGUUCAUGUGAGAUGAGCGGUGAGAUCGUGUCAUGACAUCCGCGCGCAUUAUGGCAGCUCUAUCGAGUCAGAGCGAUGAUCCUGCCGAACCGGACCAGUCCCUGCAGCACAUGCUGAAGGCCAUCGCGGACGAGCGGAACCGCCUGAACGUCAGACAGGACCUCAGCGGACUGGGGUGCUUCAAGGAUGACCGCAUAGUGUUCUGGACAUGGAUGUUCUCCACAUACUUCAUGGAGAAAUUGGCACCACGUCAGGAUGAUAUGCUCUUCUAUGUGCGCCGCAAGCUCUCCUACGUCAGUGCAGACAACACAGAAGGGAAGAAGUUGGAGGUCGAGGUUUACAGAAGAGACUCUAAAAAGCUGCCUGGACUCGGUGAUCCAGACAUCGACUGGGAGGAGAGCGUCUAUCUCAAUCUCAUCCUGCAGAAACUGGACUAUGUGGUCACAUGUGCAGUUUGCACACGCUCAGAUGCAGGAGACAUCCACAUCCACAAGAAGAAAUCACAGCAAGUGUUUGCCUCUCCAAGCAAACACCCAAUGGACAGCAAAGGGGAGGAGUCAAAAAUUAGCUACCCCAACAUCUUCUUCAUGAUUGACAACUUUGAGGAGGUGUUCAGCGAUAUGACUGUUGGAGAAGGUGAGAUGGUAUGUGUGGAGCUGGUGGCCAGUGACAAAAGCAACACAUUUCAGGGUGUCAUCUUCCAGGGCUCCAUCCGCUACGAGGCUCUCAAGAAGGUCUAUGAUAACCGGGCAAGCGUGGCUGCUAAGAUGGCCCAGCGGAUGUCAUUCGGCUUCUACAAGUACAACAACAUGGAGUUUGUGCGGAUGAAGGGUCCUCAGGGGAAAGGUCAUGCUGAGAUGGCUGUGAGUCGUGUGCCCACUGGAGACACCUCACCCUGCGGCACUGAAGAGGACCAAGACUCGCCUCUUCACGAGAGGGUGACAUCAUUCAGCACUCCCCCGACCCCGGAGAAAAACAGACCCUCCUUCUUCUCACCGUCACUCCGACGGAAAGUGCCCCGAAACCGAAUCGCUGAGAUGAAGAAAUCACACUCGGCAAACGACAGUGAGGAGUUUUUCAGAGAAGAGGAUGAUGAAGACAUGUGCAAUGCCACAAACUUGCGCUCCCGCUCUCUGUCAGGAACGGGCCACUCGCUGGUGGGUUCUUGGCUCAAGCUGAACAGAAAAGAGGAGUAUUUUCUGUUGUAUUCUCAUCUCACCUACGUGACUCUUCCUUUGCAUCGCAUCACCACAGAUAUUCUGGAGGUGAGACAAAAGCCCAUUUUGAUGACAUAGCAUUUACUGACUGCCCAAAAACCACAUUACCAAGUGCCUCCUCACAUCAGGCCUCUGAGGAACCGCCGUGUGGCGUACGGACAGAUAACCAAAAACAAAAACUAUGAACAAUACACAACAGUGAGGAAGGGAGGAAAAGGGAUACCUAAGAAACAAACUCCAUGAAGAAGUGCCUCUUCCACAUGUUCCUCUGCCUGCGGCUUCAGAUUGGCUCGAGACCUGGAACUAAAGUGGCACUAGACUGUGACACAAAAGGGAAAUGUUUAUUGGGAGAUGAAACCUAAUAAACGAAUGUCGUUCUUGUAAAUACACUGCUGCUUAGAUACUCAGUGAACUGUACCGACCACAGCCGUCUCCCUUCAACCCUCCUUCAUGAGACACUCGUAGGCUUAACGAUAUUACUGAUUUUGUGUGUAGUAUAUUUUCCAAAGGACGUUUCCUCUGCAGCUCUAGGCCUUAAUAUUUCGCUAACCAGCUAAUAUAUAUCACACGUCGUCCUUUUGAUAGUCCAUUGCUGAACGUCCAGCAAAUGUCCUCCUGUACUUACACGACUGUCUGUUACUUGAUAUGUUCAAGGGGAUUUAUGAUUUCCAAAUACUAGUGAACAUGACGUAUCUCCUGAGAAGACCAUGACGCAUGUUUCGUAGGCCGUUUCCGGCAGAUGGAUGACGACACCACCUGAGCACAGUUCUUGGAAACAUCUCCGUCCACAAAGACACUUUGUCCUUAAACAUGACACUAGAUCACAUGAUCCCACCCAGCAGACAUUGCUUUUUUGAUUUUUGGGUUUGUUCUCCACUGUUUCUUCAAGUUCGGUGACUGUCGUCUAGUUUGUUUUGAAAACUCUUUUACACUAAAGGGCUUUUGGAGUUGAACAUGUAUAGCCAACCCAAAGUGUCAGUAUUAUUUUGUUUUGUACGUGUGUGUCAGCUGAAUGUAAUAACUGAUCUGACAGCUUUAAUAUCUAUUUGAUAUUUGAUAGGCAGAUUUGCCAGCAGCAUUUGAAGGUGUUGUUCAAACUAUUUUAAGAUCCUAGUCUUCAGUUUUAAUUAAUUUUUAGCUUGAGGUGCAAAGCUUCAGUGGAAGGCUGUUUUUAAGGAAGUCCCAGUUUGUUAAACGCUUUACAUGCGCUUUUGUAUCGAGUGGUAAUUUAGCAGUAAAUGUGCAUGUUGUCGUAUUUAUGUUGUAAUAUAUACACACCUUUUCUGUACAUCUUUAUGAAAAUACACAUUAUAAAAAAA